AUGAAGAUGAAGCUGCCAAACCCGGGUCUGGAGGACCGUAUCCCCUCGCACGCUGAGCUGGAGGACAUGGAGAAGGCCCAGGCUGAGGACCGUCCUCAAUGGGACAGUAAAGCUCAGUACAUGCUCACCUGUGUGGGCUUCUGUGUGGGACUGGGGAACGUCUGGAGGUUCCCGUACCUGUGUCAGAAACACGGAGGAGGAGCAUUCAUGAUCCCCUUCCUCCUGCUGCUGGUCCUAGAGGGAAUUCCUGUCCUACAUCUGGAAUUUGCCAUUGGACAGCGACUGAGGAAGGGCAGCAUUGGGGUCUGGAGGUCCAUCAGCCCAUACCUUACUGGACUGGGUAUCGCCUCCAUGUUGUGUUCCUACGUGGUGGGUCUGUAUUACAACACCAUCAUAGCCUGGGUCAUGUGGUACUUCUUCAACUCCUUCCAGAAUCCACUGCCAUGGACUCAGUGCCCCUUAAACCACAACAGAACAGGUGUGGUGACAGAAUGUGCCCGAAGUUCCUCCGUAGAUUAUUACUGGUACAGAGAGACUCUGAACAUCUCAGCUAGCAUCGAGGACUCAGGUGGGCUGCAGUGGUGGCUGGUUCUGUGUCUGAUUGCAGCAUGGAUGGUUCUCUGGGUCUGCUGUAUCCAAGGCAUCGAAACCACUGGAAAGGCUGUUUACAUCACAUCCACACUGCCCUACGUGGUCCUCACCAUCUUCCUGAUCCGAGGCCUGACUCUCAAAGGCUCUAUAAAUGGGAUCAAGUUUCUCUUCACUCCAGAUGUGAAUGAGCUGCUGAACCCUUCCACCUGGCUGGAUGCAGGUGCUCAGGUGUUAUUUUCCUUUUCCGUGGCUUUUGGUGGACUCAUCGCAUUCUCCAGCUACAACCCAGUGCAUAACAACUGUGAAAAGGAUUCAGUGAUAAUCUCAGUCAUAAAUGGAAUGACGUCAGUGUACUCAGCUACUGUCAUCUACUCCAUCAUUGGCUUCCGAGCGACACAGAAAUAUGAGGAAUGUAUAGAAAGAAACAUUUUGGCUCUUCUGGACGCGUUUGACCUUCCAGAGGGAAACAUCACAGAGACUAACUACAAUGAAAUUCUGCAGGUUCUUAACAGCACAUCAACAUCUGUAAUUCAUGGGCUCAAUCUUAAGACCUGUGACAUGCAGAUGUUCCUUAGUCAGGGUGUUGAAGGUACUGGUCUGGCCUUCAUCGUGUUCACAGAGGCCAUCACCAACAUGCCCAUUGCUCCUCUGUGGGCAGUGCUGUUCUUCAUCAUGCUCUUCUGUCUAGGACUUUCCACCAUGUUUGGACAUAUUGAAGGGGCUGUGGUGCCUCUACAGGACCUCAAUAUCAUGCCCAGGAGUUGGCCAAAAUCUGUUUUAACAGGACUCACAUGUUUGGUCUCCUUAAUCAUUGCACUUGUGUUUGUGCAAGCUUCUGGAAGCUACUGGCUAGCUCUGUUCGAUGGGUUUGGGGCAUCUAUCCCACUGCUCAUAGUAGCUCUGUGUGAGCUGUUAGCGACAGUUUACGUCUACGGAAUUGACAGGUUUAACAAAGACAUGGAGUUCAUGAUCGGUCACAAACCCAACAUCUUCUGGCAGGCUACGUGGAGGUUCCUCAGUCCUCUCAUCCUCCUGGUCAUCCUCAUUUUCUACUUCCUGAAAACUGUUAGCCAAAAGCUAACCUACCUUGUCUGGGACCCUGACUUGCCGGAUUUCCCAGCGCUAACUGAAGUGAUGUAUCCUGACUGGAUCAGCAGUGUCAUAUUCAUCCUGGCUGGAAUUCCGUGUCUCAGUAUUCCUGGAGUGGCUCUCUUUAUGUUCGUGUGGAAGCGAUGCUUUAACAAACACUCAGAAAUAAAUCGUCUUCACACCAUUUCUGACAAAGUGACAUGAGUGUGAAAACUUCAUCAC